CCCCGCGGCUCCUGAAGCGGUGGCGCGGCCUCGGGCUGCAGGCUGAGGGGAGCCGCCGGGCGGGAGCAGCCGAGGCCCGGGCGCGGGGUCUGUCCCCUCCCCUCGAUGAUCGAGUCGGGAGCCGGCGGCCGGUGGAAGCGCAGCCCGAAGGGAGCAGCCCCGCCGUCGGAGAUGAACGACCGGCUGUCCGCGGUGAAGCUGUUACCCGGGGAGAAGGUGAAGGGAGAAGCAGGCGUGAGGAGCUACGACUCCCCCCGGCUGCCGCGGAGCGCCGCUGCCACCGGGAUCUUACUGUGCACCAACUUCCGAGUGGCCUUCGUCCCAGCCAGGAUCGGGGAACCCCAGGUACUGGACGCUGGGACUGCCCCCCUGGGGUUGGACGAGGUGGCCUUGUCUUGCAUCGAGAGGCUGGUGGCAGUGGGCAGCUCGCGCAGUAAGGUGCUGACUGCAUCCUCCAGCCUCAAGUUCCACCCCGAGGAACUGGUCCUGCACUGCCGGGACCUCCGGGUCCUGCACUUCCUGAUGGAGCCCGACCCCCGCACACGGCAGAUAAUCACCCUGAUUGCUCAGAGUUGUCGACCGGAGUCUCCCCGGGAUCUGUUUGUGUUCGAUUACGCUCUGGAAAUGUCCGCCAACAGUGCUUCCCCCCGGUAUGGCACUGAGUUUGAGGACGACUUCUCCCGGACACGGUUGUUUGAGUCACACUUGGACUGGGAGAAUGAGCUGGAGAGGACAGAAGCCCGGGGCUGGAGGGUGAGCCUCGUCAAUGAACGGUUCGAAGUAUCGGCCAGCCUCUCCAAGUACCUGGUGGUUCCCCGGAAGAUUCUCGACCUGGACAUCAAAGCCUUGUCUGCCCUGUUCACCGCGGGACGGAUCCCAUGCUGGCACUGGCACCACGCGGGCAGCAACCUGCUGAGGAUGGGCACCUUCCAGAGCACCAGCUACGCCCAGAGGGACGGCCUCAGGAAGCUGGAGGAGCUGGUGUCCGGGGGGCACAGCCGGCUGGUGAUCGCCGACCUGGGGGAGGAGCUGCCGAGCCCAGCCGACAUCCAACAGGCCUACAGCCGGCUCCGAUCCCUCUGCACCUGUGAGCUGCCUGGAGCGGCGAGGGACGGGGACGAGAGGUGGCUGUCGUCACUGGAGUCCACACGCUGGCUGGAGUAUGUCAGGCUGUGCUUGAAGAAGGCGACCGAGGUGGCAGCCCUGCUGUGGAACCAGAGGCUGACCGUCACACUGCAGGAGUCGGACGAUCGGGACCUGUCCUGCCUGGUGGCAUCUCUGGUUCAGCUGAUCCUGGACCCCCAGAGCCGAACCCUGCCUGGUUUCCAGAGCCUGGUGCAGAAGGAGUGGGUGUCGGCUGGGCACCGCUUCAGUGACCGCUUCAACCUGCUGCGGACCACCGAGAGGGAAGAGUCCCCAGUGUUCCUGCUCUUCCUGGACUGUGUCUGGCAGUUGUUGGGCCACCACCCAUUCUCCUUCGAGUUCACGGACACCUACCUGCUGGCCAUCCGCAACAGUACUCACAUCCCGCUGUCUGGGACCUUCCUCUUCAACUGCUGCCGGGACCAGCUCAGGACUCAGCAGGCCCCCUGCAGUGAGCCGCCGUCCCCGCUCUCUCUGCUCUCCAAUGGCUGGCCCCGCACCGGCGAGGUGGUGCCCGAGGAACAGGUGGUGCUGAAGGGGGGCUACUUCACCCGGAAGGAAACGUCCUGCCCCCUGCCCUCCGUCUGGGACUGGUCACUCCACUACUCCCGGGAGCAGCAGCUGCAGUUCCAGAAUGCCCUGUACACCAAGGAGGCCCAGAGCCCAGUGCACAACAGGACGGCAGAGCAGUGCACCUCUCCCCAGGAUGAUCUGCGCCCCUGGAGGUCCGUGCAUCUCCUGACGAAAGGCGGCCUCCUCCCUGCCCAGCCCCUGCCCUGGAAGAUCCCGUCCGUGUCCCGGAGACUGGCCAAGUGGAGCCGCUCGCUGGAGAGCCUGUUGGACCCUGAGCCGGAGCCGGGGAGGGAACCCCUGUGUCCCUCCCUCUCCCCCGCCACCCUCCCCUUGCCCUCUCUCCCCCUCCCGGCCGCUGCCCUGGCCCUGUGGCGGGGCUGCUACCUGCGCUGGGAGCGGCCCCCACCCCCCGGGACGUCCCAAGCCCAGCUCGGGGACCUCUGGGCCGAGGUCCGCUCGCUAGGCCGCAGGUUGCGGUCCGAGGCCCCUGCCAACGGGCCCUGUCGCCCUGGCAACCGGGCCUCCCCCAUCGCCAUGGAUACCCCUGGCUACCCCAAGCGGUAACCCCAAACCACCCCCCCCACACCCCACCAGCACCCGAAUCUCUUAAAGGGACUGCGCCCCCCCCUGCCCAGUUGUUUUGGGAUGAUGGCCUGUUUGGUUGCCAGGCAACUGUCUUGCCUUCCCCCUUUGCAGUAUUAUGGGAUGUUUGGGGUGGAGGAGUUGGGGUUUUGCCCUGUUUGUCCUCUGGGUCCAAAACUGGACAGAAUCCGUCCCCCAGACCAACGAGUCGGGGGUCGGUGUGGCUUAACCCUCUCCCGGGGCCCUUUUUGUCCCCCCCCCUCCCCCUUGCCCUUCACAGGGAAGGGGUUCGCUCGUUUCCAGACAGUGUUUCAAGGGGCCCCUCCUUCCCCACCACUCCACCCAAGCCAGUUGCAAUAAGGUGAUGCCCAGCUACCCUGGGCCCCACCCCGGGUGAAUUGCCCCAUUUUCCACCCCCUCCAUCCUGGUUGCAGACAGCCCCUCCACUGCAGCGCUCGGCUUUUCCCGAAUCAUCCUUCGCUCUAUCCCCCCUCCCUCCCCACUCGCAGCUCCAGGCCCGGCAGUGAUGCCUCUCGUGGCUGAAUAGCCACACGAUGCUCUCUUCCGGGACUUGCGGCCAAGGUACUCGGGUGGUGUGAAGGGGGGUGGGGUGGGUGGAGGAUGAAUCGGGGACCCCAGUCUCCCCUCCCUCCGGUUCUGUGGCGUUGGGACUUGCUGGCUUCCGAUCUCGCCGUUUGCCACGUGUCGUCGGACGCUGGAGCUCAGUGUGGAGUGACUGGGAGUUGGGGGGAGGGAGGUGUGAGAGGGGAUUGCUGUAUAUAUUUUGUAAUCCGAUUUAUUUCUAAUAUUUUUUGUCACAAGAAUAAAAUAUAGUUUUAACACCAGGU